AUGACUGUUCAGUUUCCCUUCGUUACGAGUGCUCCAGGAAAAGUUAUCAUUUUUGGUGAGCAUGCUGCCGUCUAUAAUAGACCUGCCAUUGCUGCAGCACUUUCUUUACGUACCUAUUUACUGGUUACAAAAGAUGACUCCAAAUCCGAGUAUAUUUUGCUCGAAUUCCCGGACAUUAACUUUAGAUGCCAUUGGAAAAAGACUGAACUUCCCCUCCACCCUAUUCAUCCAAGUGAUACUAACCCCCCUGUGCCUCCCUCUGAACUUGAUCCUGAAUUGAUCAACGAUUUAGGACCUCUUCUAUCUGCCAUUGACUCUCCUCUUCAUUAUGGUGCCGCUUAUGCCUUCCUUUACCUAUUCUCUUCUCUAUGCUCUCGUUCCACUCCUGGAGGAUUAACCUUCACCAUGAGAUCCACGCUUCCAAUUGGCGCUGGAUUAGGUUCUUCUGCAUCCAUGUCCGUCUGUCUUGCUGCUGCCUUUGGUUACAUUGGUGGCCACAUUAAGGAGGCGACCAUCUGCCAGGAGAGUAAAAUUGCUCAUGACUCUGACGAGUGCGUAUUUAUUGACCGAUGGGCCUUUAUGGGAGAGAAAUGCAUUCAUGGUAAUCCAAGUGGCAUAGAUAAUGCCGUGGCCACCCAUGGUGGUGCCGUUAUGUUUCAAAGAAUGGGCAAUACCUUACCAAGCGUUCGCACAGCUAUGCGUAAUCUGCCUCCGAUGCACUUAUUGCUUACCAAUACGAAGACGUCACGUAGAACGGCUACUUUAGUCGCAGGUGUCUCAAAGUUGGUUACCGAUUACCCGAAGAGCACUGCUCACAUUCUCGAUGCGAUGGAAGCUAUAGCGAGAGAGGCUUACAACUUAAUGCUCAGACCAUUCCUUGACGAAACUUCCAAAAGAAAGCUCUUGAAUCUUAUUCGGAUCAACCACGGUCUUCUAGUUUCUCUAGGCGUUUCUCAUCCUAAUUUGGAACGGAUUAAACUGUACUGUGACGAGAUGAAUGUCGGCGAAACAAAACUGACCGGAGCUGGAGGAGGAGGUUGCGCUAUCACACUAUUACGUGACAACUUGAAACCAGAUGUCUUUGAAAAGUUAGACAAGAAGUUUUGUGAGCACGGCUUUGAGAGCUUCCGUGCCACACUGGGGGGUAAAGGCGUCGGUAUUCUGAUUUCAAACGACGAAAACGUCUUAGACAAACUGAACGUUCCAAGCUUUGUUGGCUUCAAUUCGAGAGAUGAAAUUGAGACGUACGUUGGCUGUUCCAGCCUUGAAGAUUGGAGAUAUUGGUGA